AUGGCCCUGCUGCACCUCCUCGUCGCCCUCGCGCCCUGCAUGGUCGGCGCGACGUGCUACCGCGGCUACCAGUCCGCCUACAGCUUCGACGCCGGCGACGCCGCGCGCCCGGACUGGAUGGCCGCGGUGCCCGACGACGUGCACCUCACGAGCCUGAGCAUCCCGGGCACGCACGACACCAUGACGUACGACAUCGGGUCGCAGACGCUGCAGUGCCAGAACUGGAACCUGAGCACGCAGCUGCACAGCGGGCUGCGCUACCUCGACAUCCGGGCGCGGGUGAGGGACGACGAGCUGCACAUCUACCAUGCCAACGGCUACACGGGCUUCAGCUACGAGCAGGUCCUGCUGGACGUGUUUGACUUCUUGGAUGCGUAUCCCUCGGAGGCCAUCGUCAUGCGCGUCAAGGAGGAAGGGGGCCCGAUUGGCAAGAACAACACGGUUUCGUUUGAGGAUGCCUUUCGGUACCACCACUGGUCGUCUCCCGCGACGGCGCCCGGCUCGGCGAAGCACCUCCACAAGUACGACUUCGCCGCGCCGAUGCCCACGCUCGGGCAACUCCGCUCCAAGAUCUUCAUCCUGCAAAACUUUGACGCGCGGGACGGCGGUGGCCCCUAUGGCCUGCAGUGGGAAGGCCCCGAGAUGGUCCUCGAGGACCUGUGGAUCAUCCCCGACGUGUACCACCUCUCGGAGAAGUGGACCGCCAUCCGCGACGCCCUGGAGCGCGCGGCCCUGGCGCCGGACGACAACCGGUUCCUGUAUCUGGCGCACCUGUCGGCGUCGGUGGGCGUGCUGCCGAUCGAGGCCGCCGCGGGGCCGAUGAACAGGACGAUCCAGGGCAUGAACGACAUGACGGGGCAGUACCUCGAGGAUGCGUCGGGCAACGACGACCUGGCGAGGGUCGGGGUCGUGAUUGUGGAUUUUCCGGGUAGGAGGCUGAUUGAGACUGUUUUGAAGUGGAAUGUUUGGCUGCGGUGA